AGUCGCUUAGUUUGGCUCAAAGGGCAUCCGUCCUUUCUACUGUACGUGAAGAGACUUUGUCCACCUGAGCGCAAGUGCCAUGAUUCGCAUGUGGACGGGAUUGUGGACUUUAGCUUUGCAAGAGCUUUUUGCACAUGGCCAGAAUGAAUUGAUUGAAAGCAAUUGUGAUGUCCAAGGCAUGCUCCAAUUGAAGUUGCAGCCAGACAUCGUCAAGCCAGAAACAACCACAACAGAGCCCGCAGAGGCGAGUGCGGCAAAUCUAUCAAACAGUUCACAGCCACCUUUGGUGACUCUUAUGCCGACGCAAGCGCUUCCAGCUCCAGUGGUAAACAUCACAACUUUCCAUUGGGAGCCACAUUGGCAGUGUGCUGAAACCGAUUCCGCUUGCAUUGCCGCGGCUUUGAGCAAGUUCAAAGAGUUGGUCAGUGAGUCCGGUGCCCAAAUCGUUGGAGCUUUGGAGUUGAAAGGGGCAUCCGGCGCUUUACCUGGUUGGUCUUCGUCAAAGGAGUAUGAAGAUGCCGUCUCGGUCAUGGUGGCUCCGGGCUGGCAAGUACUGAAGGAGGGAGGCGGAAACAUUCGCUGCGAUGGUCAGAGAGGAUUGGCCGUGAUGCUGGUCAAGCCGCCGUUUCAAGUGUCGAACUGUGACACUUUGUGCGUGAUGGCCGUGCAUCCAGGUCAUUCUCCAAUUCAGAGUGGAGAGUCCAUCGUGAAAAGUGUUUGCGGCGAUGCGACAACCUCGUGCGCUAUAGCGGUUGGAGACUGGAAUGUGGACGCUGCUGGUGUCGUUGGUGGAUCCUUCAACACCUGGCAAAGACUCGUGGGAGGCAACCCACCUUCAUUUGUGGUUCCUGACUCAGAGACCUGCUGCUACCCAAGUACUUGCUGCAAGUUCGACCAUGUGGUCACCAACAUCCCAGGUGCUGAACCACUCCAGGUUCAUGUGUGGCCCUAUCAACUCUUGGGCCAGUUCGGAAUGGAUGAGGAGCACAUGCCCGUUGCCGUGCGUUUCAGCGCACCAGCGAAAACCACCUUGAUCGGUUAGGAAGGAGCCAAGGCGUGCCAAGGCCUCUCAUUUGCAGCCUUUUUGUUGAAGAGCUUGUAUAUGUUGGGAAGACUCGAGACCGGUGCAACUAGUCAUCAGGCUUCUCGUAGGUCUGGCACACGUCCAGAUUACAAGUCAGGUCCCAAGAUUUCUUCAAGUCACGGCUGCUUUUGCUUCAAGCCGACAUGGAAGAA